CUCUCUGAGCUUCGCCAUGCCACCCAAAGAUGACAAGAAGAAAGAUGCUGGAAAGUUGGCCAAAAAGGAUAAAGACCCAGUAAAUAAAUCUGGUGGCAAGGCCAAGAAGAAGAAGUGGUCCAAAGGCAAAGUUCGGGACAAGCUGAACAAUCUUGUCCUGUUCGACAAAGCAACAUACGACAAGCUCUGUAAGGAGGUUCCGAACUAUAAGCUUAUUACUCCAGCCGUGGUCUCUGAGAGACUGAAGAUUCAUGGUUCCUUGGCCAGGGCAGCCCUUCAGGAGCUCCUUAGUAAAGGACUUAUCAAGCUGGGUUAA